AUGCAUAGACGGUCUGAUCGCUGGUACCUACAGGAGACGCUAGAUUCUUUGAUCAAACAUAGCAGAGAAGAGGACAAAAGUGAAGUUGUGGUAGUUGUUUUCUUGUCAGAUUUUGAUCCAAGUUUGCGAAGCGAGUUGAGGACAAAAAUCACAUUGAUUUACCCAACCUACAUCGACUCUGGCUUCAUCCAGAUCAUUGAAGCACCGCUUGAGUUUUAUCCGUCCUUGUCUAACCUUAGGACGACUUACAAGCAUCCAAUGGAUCAGAUCAUCUGGCGUUCAAAACAGAAUUUCGAUUUUGCCUUCCUCAUGCAAUACAGUCAAAGCAUCUCUGAGUUUUAUCUUCAGUUGGAAGACGACGUAGUUACUGUGCCCAUAUAUGUGAGGCUAAUAAAACAGUACAUUGCCAGAAUAAACAGAAAAGCAGAACAGGACUGGUGGUCGGGCGUGUGGACUUGUUUGGAGUUCAGUGAACUUGGCUUCAUUGCAAAACUCUUUCAUUCGUACGAUCUCACGAAGUUAGCCAGCCUCCUUAAACUUUUCUACAAUGAACAACCCAACGACGUCCUCCUCCUUCACUUUAACGAAAUGAUGCUCCAGUUUAGGAGGUAUCUUAGGAAACCUACCAUAUUUCAACACAGAGGAUUCGUUUCGAGCCUCCAUCGCAAACGAGAGCCCCUGAUAGACCUAAUGUUCAGCCCGAAUGCUUCCAUGAACGAUUCUAGCUCUGAAAGAAAGGGAUUAAUUCCAGCUGAAAUCAGACGACUGAACAAUCAAGAAGGUCCUGAACAAGAACUCUGGGAAGAAAGAAAAAAAGUCUUGAGGGAAAUAUUUUGUUAA